AUAUUUACUGUUGAUGCUCCUCACAAGUUUUAAUAGAGCGCAAGUUCCGAGUAAUAAUGGAUCACAAUGGGAAAGGAUUGUAAACAACGCUGAAGAAUUGAUUUCAAGCUUAAAACUAGAACUGAAUCAAUUAAGAGGCAACAGUGAGAAAUCCGUGACUUCAGGCUAUCCACCAUCCUGUCUGGCGGCUAUGAUCAAUACGAAUGGCUUACACACUAUACAGGUGCCGGGUGUGGAGCCCUUUCCGGUGGCAUGUGAGACCCGGACAGCUGGCGCUGGUUGGACGACCAUACAACGUCGCCAGGAUGGAAGCGAGAACUUUUAUCGCAGCUGGGCCGAGUAUCGAUCGGGUUUCGGCAAUUUGAGCGCAGAGUUCUUUAUUGGACUGAAGAAAUUACACGCGAUAACGAUAACAGAGCCCUACGAGCUGUACAUACACCUGGAGGACUUUGAUGGGGAAUCUCACUAUGCCAAAUACGAUAGAUUUGCCAUAGGCAACGAAUCCGAUUCGUUUGCACUGCGCGUGUUGGGGAAAUACUCGGGAGAUGCGGGGGAUUCAUUGAGAUAUCACGAGGGAAUGCCGUUCUCCACAUUUGAUAACGAUCACAGCAGGAAUCGUUGUGCUCUCACAAAUGUGGGUGCUUGGUGGUACAAUGAUUGUCACCAUAGCAAUUUGAAUGGUCAGUACGUUGAGGGUGGCAGAUAUGAAGUGAAGCUAACGGGUCGAGGCAUUUGCUGGAAGAGUUGGCGGGGCUACGACUACGGCUACAAGUUAACACAAAUGAUGAUAAGGCCAAGGUGUCGAGCAGCUUCAUUACCGAAGCCCUGAGGCUUCAUCAGUCAUAGCUAAUAGCUCAUUAUUAUUCAGUUUUCAACAAUAAUUUGUAAACUUGAUCGAUUUGUCGCUGCGUUGGCGGUGAUUCAUCCACAGUAACAAUUUGAUAUGAAAGAUUUUGAUCAGUUUUAAGGCUUUUCAGCUUUUCAGUUGUUCAGUCGUUCAUUUGUUUCGUUUCGUUAUCAACUACACUUUUUAUUUACGUUUUGAUUAUAUUUGGCGCUCUUGUGGCUGUCGU